AUGCUGAAGCUGAUUCCAUUCUUCAACGUGAGGAAUGCGAGCACGGAGAGCGCAAGGGAUUUCUGGUGGUGCUUUGAGACGGCUACGGAAGGAUUCGACGAUCCAGUACGGUUGCGGGUCUUUGCGGCACGAAUGAACGGUGAUGUUGCGGAACGGUGGUGCCUGAGCUCACGGUGGGGCGACUUCGAGACGCUGAAGCGACGGUUCUAUCAUCGCUUUAUCCGUCUCUCGGAGGAGCAGUUGCUGCAGCGGUUGUGCGAUGCUGUGCAGGAGCGUGAUGACCCGGUAGACGAAUGGGGGCUACGUGUGGCACGGUAUUGUGACGAAGCUCAGUGGUUUAACGAGUCGAUGCGGUACACGGUCUUCAAGAACGGUCUGCGGAGUGAGCGGGUGCAGAGAUGCCUGGAUUGUCUCCCCAUACACUCGAUCGAAGUUGCAUGCGAGUGGGUCGUGGCGAAGGAACUACAUCGGCCUGUGCGUGGUGAC